CCUCAGUCCCCAGGUGAGGGUGGCCCUGCCUGCUCCGCCACCAACCUAAGCCGUGUGGCAGGCCUGGAGAAGCAGCUAGCCAUUGAACUGAAGGUGAAGCAGGGAGCAGAAAACAUGAUCCAGACCUACAGCAACGGCAGCACCAAGGACCGGAAGCUGCUGCUGACGGCUCAGCAGAUGUUGCAGGACAGUAAGACUAAGAUUGACAUCAUUCGAAUGCAGCUCCGCCGGGCCCUGCAGGCCGGCCAGCUUGAAAGCCAUGCAGCCCCGGAUGAUGCCCAGGGGGGUCCGGACCUGGGAGCAGUGGAGCUGCGCAUCGAGGAGCUGCGACACCACUUCCGAGUGGAGCAUGCCGUGGCGGAGGGCGCCAAGAAUGUGCUGCGUCUACUCAGCGCAGCCAAGACCCCCGACCGCAAGGCGGUCAGCGAGGCCCAGGAGAAAUUGACCGAAUCCAACCAGAAGCUGGGGCUGCUGCGCGAGGCGCUGGAGCGGAGGCUGGGGGAGCUGCCCGCCGACCACCCCAAGGGGCGGCUGCUGCGGGAAGAGCUCGCCGUGGCCUCGUCGGCCGCCUUCAGUGCGCUGCUGACUGGGCCCUUCCCCGCCAUGCACUACAGCACCCUGUGCAAGCCCGCGCCGCUCACAGGGACCCUGGAGGUACGCGUGGUGGGCUGCAGGGACCUUCCAGAGACCAUCCCCUGGAACCCGUCGCCCUCAGUGGGGGUGCCCGGCACCCCUGACAGCCGCACCCCCUUCCUGAGCCGCCCAGCUCGGGGCCUUUACAGCCGAAGUGGGAGUCUCAGUGGGCGGAGCAGCCUCAAGAUGGAAGCAGACAACACAAGCGAGGUCAGCACGGUGCUGAAGCUGGAUAACACAGUAGUAGGACAGACAUCCUGGAAGCCAUGUGGCCUCAACACUUGGGACCAGAGCUUCACCUUGGAGCUGGAGAGGGCGCGGGAGCUGGAGUUGGCUGUGUUCUGGAGGGACCAGCGGGGCCUUUGUGCCCUCAAAUUCCUGAAGUUGGAGGAUUUCUUGGACAACGAGAGACACGAGGUGCAGCUGGACCUGGAGCCCCAGGGCUGCCUGCUGGCCGAGGUCACUUUCCGCAACCCUGUCAUCGAGAGGAUCCCUCGGCUCCGAAGGCAGAAGAAAAUUUUCUCCAAGCAGCAAGGGAAAGCUUUCCAGCGUGCCAGGCAGAUGAACAUCGACGUGGCCACGUGGGUGCGGCUCCUGAGAAGGUUGAUCCCCAACGCCACAGCCACGGGCACCUUCAGCCCUGGACCGGCUCCAGGCUCCGAGUCCCGGACCACAGGGGACAUACCCAUGGAAAAGCUGAACCUCGGAACUGAUGUGGACAGCUCACCCCAGAAGAGCCCAGUGGGGCCUCUUUCCAGCCUGGGUUCCCCAAUCCAGGAAUCCAUCACCAUUCCCGAGCUGCCUUCAGAGACCCAGGAGACCCCAGGCCCCACUCUGUGCAGCCCUCUGAAGAAGUCACCCCUGACCCUGGAGGAUUUUAAGUUCUUGGCGGUGCUGGGCCGGGGUCACUUUGGGAAGGUGCUACUCUCUGAAUUCCGAAGCAGUGGGGAGCUGUUUGCCAUCAAAGCUCUGAAGAAAGGGGACAUUGUGGCCCGAGAUGAGGUGGAGAGCCUGAUGUGUGAGAAGCGGAUCUUGGCGGCAGUGACCAGCGCGGGCCACCCCUUCCUGGUGAACCUGUUUGGCUGCUUCCAGACACCGGAGCACGUGUGCUUCGUGAUGGAGUACUCGGCCGGCGGGGACCUCAUGCUGCACAUCCACAGCGACGUGUUCUCUGAGCCCCGCGCCGUCUUCUACUCGGCCUGCGUGGUGCUGGGGUUGCAGUUUCUCCACGAGCACAAGAUCGUCUACAGGGACCUGAAGUUGGACAACCUUCUGCUGGACACCGAGGGCUACGUCAAGAUCGCAGACUUUGGCCUCUGCAAGGAGGGGAUGGGCUACGGGGACCGGACCAGCACCUUCUGCGGGACCCCGGAGUUCCUGGCACCUGAGGUGCUGACGGACACGUCGUACACGCGUGCCGUGGACUGGUGGGGGCUGGGCGUGCUGCUGUACGAGAUGCUGGUGGGCGAGUCCCCGUUCCCUGGGGACGAUGAGGAGGAGGUAUUCGACAGCAUCGUCAACGACGAGGUUCGCUACCCUCGCUUCCUGUCGGCUGAAGCCAUAGGCGUCAUGCGGAGGCUGCUGCGGAGGAACCCAGAGCGGAGGUUGGGGUCCACUGAGCGAGAUGCAGAAGAUGUGAAAAAACAGCCCUUCUUCAGGACCCUAGGCUGGGAUGCGCUCCUGGCCCGGCGCCUGCCCCCACCCUUCGUGCCUAAGCUUUCCGGGCGCACUGACAUCAGUAACUUCGACGAGGAAUUCACGGGGGAGGCCCCCACGCUGAGCCCACCCCGCGAUGCGCGGCCCCUCACGGCCACCGAGCAGGCGGCCUUCCGGGACUUCGACUUCGUGGCCGGGGGCUGUUAGCCCCCUCCCCUGCCCUGUCCCACCCUGCCCCUGUCCCGCCAGAGCUCUUAAUUUUUAAAAAGGCUUUUGGGGUUCGCCCACCCGUGCAUCCUCUGUCUCU